GAUGUUACUAAGCAAAUCUACAGUCUCCGUGUUGCACAUGAGGAGUCUGCUAUAGGCUGUUGAUGUUAGAUCUGUGCACACUUCUCUCUUUUUCGAGCUGAAAAUAAAUGGAGGCUCAAGUGUACAUUGUACUGUGUUUAGCACCAUAGAAAUAAACCGCGGGUGUCUCGAACCACCCUUCUUGUAUCGUCAGUAAUACGGUGCUAUAUACACGACCGUUUGUUUAAAAUUAUUGAUCGAUUACUAGUUAGAGGCCAAUUGAGCAGAAGAUAUAUAUGUCUCUCAUCUUGGGAUUUAUCCAACGGCAGUUAUCACAGCCAAGUGAUCGACUUGCUCGCUGUACUAUUCAUAUUGCAACAUAGUAACUUGUAUUUAAUAAAUGGAAAACAUCCUUUCUCAGUUAACGACGCUAAGAUGGAUCAAAAAAGUUCUAGCCAUUUGAUUCCUCAUGAAGUUCUUAUGCGGUAUGGUGGAAUAACCAAUGAUCAUAAGAACCAUCUGUACAGUGAAAUGGAUUCAUUGAAUCUCGUGUAUAUACCAAGCUUCCUGAGGUCACAAGGAUCUGGUGUUAAACGUUUGUAUCAGUAUGGUGUCUGUCAGUCUCCAAGAGAUUUCAACGGCCAAAUUUAUGAAUAUUUCGUCUGCCCUACAUUGCUAAAUGUGAAGUUUAGCUCUUUCGAGAGCGAGCAAAGAUUUUGUUGUGGAGCCCCUCCACAGCAAUAUUGUUGUACGUCCACCCAGUUCUCAUCGGGAAUUCAUAUCGUGCAAUCGGAUCUUUUAAUUUCACCUUCAAUUUUUAUUGGAGGUAGUCUUGGAUUUCUUUUAUUUGGUAUCUUUUUCGUAAUAUUCGCAUUUUCAAGAUUAGCACGUAAUCUUCGUAAAGCAUCUAAUAAGUUAUUUUACGAAACAAAUGCCUCACCUGCUUUCCGUCAACCAAUACAAAAUUUAGAGUUGAACACUUCAUCUGAUAUACAAUCGAAUGAACUACCUAAGAAAGUGUUACUCUCUGGUGGUAGUCGACUAACUAAAGUUUCUUCUGAGAAAUCUAUCUAUGAAAAUCCAUCCCAGAAUACCAACGUUAUUUCUAAUAAUAAUCAUUUGUUGAUAUCUGAUAAUUUCGAAGGCGAAUCAAUUAAAAAAUUAGUUCGUCAACAUAAGUCAAGACAUUCUUAUAAAAUAAAUAAUAGCGGGAAGAAAAAGAGAAAAAAUGAAAAUUCAAUACCAAUCAAAGCUCGACCUGUACUAUUGAAAAGGUGAUCGUGGUUUGUACUGUCCUUUGUUUUUUAACUUUCUAAUUUUGUAAUUUGAUUUGCACCAAAUCGAAAAUAACAAUCAACAAUGUGUACUAUUGUGAUUAUUAAAAAAUAUACAUAAGUUGUUUUCUUUAAGUAAUAGUAAAAAAUGGUAGUUUUUAUAUUAUGGAAUACGAGAACAAAUAUAUUUACUUAAUCAAUUUACACAUUAGAUAUUUUAGUGUAUAAAAAUUAAGUCACUCAGCCUGAUCGUACGUACGUAUAGACUCUAACUUAUAACAUCAUUAGAAAUGGUUUGAAU